UGAAUCAGUCGCAGUUUAGCAGCAAUCCAAGCAAUGGCUUUUACCAUUUUACCUGGUUUCCUGCUCCUGGCAGUUGGUCUCUUUGGUUCAUCCUUAGCUGUGGACUAUUGUGCCCUUCCCACAUGUCUGGAUAAGCAUAUAGCCUGCAAUAACAAAGGAAACUUCAGCGAAAACUGUCCCAAGGAUGUGCGUGAGGUGAAGAUCGAGCCCCAUCACAAACUGAUCCUGACCCUCUUCAACGAACUGCGAAACAAUGUGGCUGGAGGCAAAAUAGAGGGUUUACCCAAGGCGAUUCGCAUGGCCAAGAUGUCCUGGUGCGAGGAGCUCUCCCACCUGGCCCUGCUCAACGUCCAGACCUGUGAAUCCCUUCCUGACAAGUGUCGCAGCACGGAAAGAUUCGCUUACGCUGGCCAGAACAACGCCAUCUUCAGCUACAGUGGAGCCGAGACAGAGUAUACCGAUGCCGAGCUAAUCAAGGAGCAGAUCGAGAACUGGUUCGCCCAGCGCUCCAACGCCUCUCCAGAGAUCCUCGCCAGCUUCCCGGAGGAGCUGCCCAGCAAGGAUGUGGCCAAGUUCACCAUUUCCGUGGCCGAGAAGAACACCCAUGUGGGAUGUGCCGCCGUGCGCUUCUCCCGCGACUUCUACAACCACUUCGUGCUGACCUGCAACUUCGCCACCUCCAACAUCGUGGGCCAGCCCGUUUACACUCCCGGAGAGAAGUCCACCACGGGAUGCAAGAACCGCUAUGGAGCCGCCUUCGACUAUCCUAACCUGUGCUACGCCAAGGAGAUCUACGACAACGAGAAGGUCAUCGAAAACGCUAGGGUAUUCUAAAUCCGACUAAAACAUCAGAAAAAUCAUCUUAAUCGGCGGUUUGUAUCCGUAAAAAUUUAUGAGCAUGCAAAUAAAAAGCCAAAGAGCUUAAGAAAUAAAUAUGUUACCAAUGA